UCAUCCAUGAUCCUCCUUUGAGACCAUCUUCAUCGCCUCUCUAACAACACAAACUAAACCAAAAACACAAACACAUGAAUCUCUCUUUUCUCACCAUCACUUAACCAUUUUUAAGCUUUACGUAAAUAUUAAUAACAAUAAGCUAUAUGGAGAAGAACGACAAGGACACUGAUCUUCAUGAUGAUCAUAAUGACAAAUCUAAGGAAGAGGAGAAAGGAGACACGGUUUCAGAUGCUAAUCUCCCAGAGGAUGGUAUUAACAAAGAGAACGUGGACAUUGGUAAUGCUGACACAGAUCACAACCAAGAAGACAAUGCGGACAAGGUUAACUCACCAUUAGGACAAGAAGAAUCACCACCACCAGAGAUUCCUCAAACCAUAGAGUCCUUAUCCGAAGAACUCGACCAGCUUCUCAAGAGUCUCUCCCUCCACAAAGACGUCAACACCGAGGAGGAGAAAGGAGAUCAAGAAGAUGGUUAUUUCCAGAUCCCACAGUUUGUUGGCAAGUUCUUGGAUCUCUUCGAGGACAAACUCUCCAAACACGACUCUAGCGACCCCAAGACAACGUGGUAUCAUGAUCCAGAGGAGGUAUCUUCUCUUCUUGACGCAGUAGAUCGUGUCUCUAACCUUAUGGAGCUCUUGCUCAACACCAAAUCUUGUUUGGACCAUCACGAGUCCUUGAUCAACCACGCUGGUUCGAUCCAGCAACGUGCGAUGGCAUUCUUGGAAGACGAGUUCCGUCUUCUUUUAGAAGAGUCUGUGAUCAAAGAGCCUACGGUGGUCACUGACGACAACCAACAAGACCAUCACAACGACUCGCAAGAUCAGGAUCAGGGAAACGUUGAUACGGAAGGCGGCGAUGAGAAGAUUGAAUACCCUGGCUACUCUGAGGAGAUGGUUGUGUUGCUGAGGAAGAUAGUUGAGAAGAUGAAAGGAGCAGGGUACGGAUGUGAAUGCAGAGAGGCUUACUUGGUAGGUAGGAGGAACAUCUUGCUGAGAACAUUGAAACGUGACUGUGAGUUUGAGAAAGUGAGUAUAGACGAGGUGCAGAAGAUGAGCUGGGGAGAGCUUGAGAGAGAGAUACCUAUAUGGAACAAGACUGUUAAAGACUGUUCCUCCCUCUUCUUCCCUGGAGAGCUCAAACUCGCUGAGAAGAUCUUCCCAGAGGAUAAAGGAAGCUUGUUCUGCAUCAUCACUCACGGGUUAGCCAUCCAGUUCUUGGGCUUCGCAGAGGCUGUGGCCAUGACCAGGAGAUCCACUGAGAAGCUCUUCAAGAUUCUUGACAUCUACGAGACUCUUAGAGACAGCUUUCCAGUUAUGGAAGAGCUCCUCCCUGAGGAGCUACGCAGCGAGCUGAGAAGCGAGGUGAAUAGCGCUCGUUCACGCUUAGGAGAGACAGCUAUUAACAUCUUCUCGGAUCUUGAGAACUCUAUCAAAUCAGAUUCUAGCAAGACCCCUGUGCCAGGAGGCGCGGUGCACCCGUUAACUAGGUACACAAUGAACUACCUCAAGUACUCGUGUGAAUACAAAGACACGUUGGAGCAAGUUUUCAAGUCACAUUCCAAGAUGGAGGAGGAGGAGUCUACGGAGAGAGCCUUUGCAAGCCAGCUGAUGAGGAUAAUGGACUUUCUCGACGGGAACAUGGAGGCGAAGUCGAAGCUCUACAAAGACAUACCACUGAGCUGUAUCUUCAUGAUGAACAACGGGAGAUACAUAGUGCAGAAGAUCAAAGGAUCAGCAGAGAUACACGAGGUGAUGGGAGACACGUGGUGCAGGAAGAGGUCGUCUGAGCUGAGGACUUAUCACAAGAACUACCAGAGAGAGACGUGGGGGAAGCUGCUUGGAUUCUUGGGACACGAGGGGCUUAUGCAUAACAAUAAGAUAGUGAAGCCUAAUCUUAAAGAGAGGUUCAAGAGCUUUAAUGCGACGUUUGAUGAGAUACACAAGACGCAGACCACGUGGGUGGUUAAUGAUGAGCAGCUGCAGAGUGAGCUGAGAGUGUCUAUAACCGCGGUGAUGAUACCUGCUUACAGGGCGUUCAUGGCUAGGUUUGGACAGUACUUGGAUCCUGGUCGUCAGACAGAGAAGUAUGUUAAGUACCAGCCUGAGGAUAUAGAGGAUCUCAUUGACCAGCUCUUUGAAGGCAACACUUCCUCCUCUUCAACCGCUACCGCUAAGCGAAGAACGUAG